GUGUGUGUGUGAACAUUAGUUCGGGCUCUGCUUUAGUAAGAAAAGAGGAAGAAGUUCCGCCCCCAUAAUCUGCCCGGAGGCCGAGGAGAAAAGAGUAGAAAGAAGAGAAAAGGCAGCAGCACGCGACCUAGCCCGUUCAGACCGAGACGUGACGCCGGAACUUGUUGCUCCUGUGGCGGGAGGACACACCGCGGCUGCCCGCUCCGCUAAAGCUCGUCGUAGAAAAUGAGCAUUAUGUAAAGAAGUUUCCCUUUGAAGCCGGCGUCUUCUGCGAACAGUCACGUUAACGGGCGGACCUACUCGACAACUUUACUCCGGUUUGGCUCGGCACGGCACGGCUUUAGCGGCUGGUGAACGGCGGGACUGUGCGGACGGGUUGUAACCAGGACUUAUCCCGGUUCUAAUCAGCAUGAGUGGAGAAGAGGAAAGAUUCAAACUGGUGGUGGUGGGAGGAGGAGGGGUGGGGAAGAGCGCCCUGACCAUCCAGUUCAUCCAGUCCUACUUUGUGUCGGACUACGACCCCACCAUCGAAGACUCCUACACUAAGAUCUGCACUGUGGACGGAAAGGAGACCCGGCUGGACAUUUUGGAUACAGCAGGUCAGGAGGAGUUUGGAGCGAUGAGAGAGCAGUACAUGCGCUCAGGAGAAGGCUUCUUAUUGGUGUUCGCACUCAACGACCGGGGCAGCUACCACGAGGUCCAGAAGUUCCACACUCAGAUCCUGAGAGUGAAGGACCGAGACGACUUCCCCAUGGUGCUGGUUGGAAACAAGGCGGACCUGGAACAGCAGCGAGUGGUCUCCAGGGAGGAGGCUCAGGCGUUCACCAGAGAACACCGGAUCCACUACAUGGAGGCCUCGGCCAAGAAUCGCUACAACGUGGAUGAAGCCUUCUUGCAGCUAGUGCAAAUCAUCAGACGAUUCCAGGAGAUAGAGAGUCCUCCUCCUCAGAGUCACCACUCGGGGAAACAGAAGCGCGGCGGCUGUCCGUGUGUCCUCCUCUGAGCGCUGUUACCAUGGAAACCAAAGCCUCGGCCCUCUUCAGCUUGUCCAAAAAAGUUGUGUGUGUGUCUGUGUGUGUCUGUGUGAGUGAGAGAGAGAGAGAUACGAUGCAUCAUUUUCUUUUCAAAUGGUUUUAUUUGCACUUUUUUAAGAAGCAGUUAUUUUCUUUGAAUGCGAGGAUCUGAUGGGGGGGGUGGGGGGAGGUGUGAGUCGCAGCAGAGAAACAGGAAGUGAGAAUUCUUCUGACAGUGAGUGAUGAUGAUGUUACUCAACACAGCUCGGGUUCAC